AUGGGCAACAUCUUCGGGAACCUGCUGAAGAGCCUGAUCGGGAAGAAGGAGAUGCGGAUCCUGAUGGUGGGGCUGGACGCCGCCGGCAAGACCACCAUCCUCUACAAGCUGAA